CUCGGACUUGUUGUCUGUCGACGAAGGGCGUGCGACCUUCGACUUCGCUCCUUUCCUCUGCCAUUCUUUGUCAAAAUGUUAGACUUGUCUCAAGAGAGCUCACGGUCGGACAUCCUCUAUGAUAUUUACCGCAACCAUGAAACCCGGCAGGCAUUUGACGAUAGUCAUUAAAAUUGGUGAAGACCAUGCCAUAUUUCAAAAGAGCAUCGGCCAGAAAACUCACCAUCGUUAUAGGAACGUCUUCGAUUGUCGAUGAGACCACACAUGAACCGAUCCUGUCAAUAUUAUCCCUGAUCGUUGAAACCGCGAUCAAAUUGCGGCGAGAUGGACACCGAGUCAUCAUCGUCUCCUCGGGCGCCAUUGGUGUUGGCCUGCAAAGGAUGAAUAUGCCCAAGAGGCCGAAACACCUCGCUCAGGUCCAAGCUCUUGCCGCCAUUGGCCAAUCCAGGUUGAUGUCCAUCUGGGAUUCACUCUUCGCACACAUGAAUCAGCCAGUUGCCCAGAUACUCCUUACGCGCAACGACAUAGCCGACCGGGUUCAGUAUCUCAAUGCUCAAAACACGCUGGCCGAAACGCUGUCGUUCGGCGUGAUCCCUAUCGUCAACGAAAACGACACGCUUGCAGUGUCCGAGAUCAAAUUCGGCGACAACGACACGCUCUCUGCCAUCACGGCGGCAAUGGUGCACGCAGAUUAUCUCUUCCUGAUGACCGACGUCGAAGCCCUGUACGACAAGAAUCCACGGAAAUUCCCCGACGCCCAACCCAUACUGGUGGUCGACGACAUCGAUGCGCUCCAGGUCGACGUCUCGUCGGCCGGCUCCGCGCUGGGCACCGGCGGCAUGGCGACGAAGAUCGUCGCAGCCCGACUCGCAACCGCGGCAGGCACGUCGACGAUCAUCACAAAGUCCUCGAAACCGGGCAACAUCGCAGCCAUUAUUCGCCACCUCCAUCCCCCGAUCGACCCGGAGACAGGUGGCGGUGGCGUCUUGAGCGUGCCCGUCCCACCCCUACACACCCGCUUCGUUCCCAGCAGUAGUCCGAUCAGAAACCGGGCGUUCUGGAUUCUGCAUGGUCUCGCGCCUCACGGGACGAUAUUCAUCGACCGCGGUGCGAGUAACGCGCUCGCCAAUAAGGCCGGACUACUACCCGUCGGUGUGGUUGCGGUCGAGGGCAAUUUCGCGCAACAAGAAGCCGUCAGGCUCGUUGUGGUCGACAAGCAGCCACUGGGGAGUCUCUCGCCGAUGGGCGACUCGAGCGCGACGUCGAUGCAUCUCGUCCAGAAGGGUGAGGAGAUCGGCCGUGCCGUGGUGAAUUAUUCGGCCGGCGAGGUUGCGAGGAUCAAAGGCAUGAGGAGCAGCGAGAUCGUGGGCGUACUGGGGUAUGCGGAUAGUGAGUACGUCGCGUACAGGGAAAAUGUCAGUCUGCAUAGUAAUGCGACGGACAAGAGCCGGCCGGAGACGCCGAGUGGAUGGCGCACGCCGGUCAAGGAGAGUACCCCGGAGAGUAGUAUUGCUGAUUUGAGAAUUGCACAGUAACUAAAGCCCCCAAUGGGAAUGGGGUACCUAAAACAUGAUGGUCGACCGGACGUCAGCGGGAACACGGCGGAUAAUCAAGAGAGAUCCUUGUACAGAGUCUUGAGGCGAAACACGAUUCCUUUUCCCAUGGAAGCCAUAGAAUAAAGGUACUUCCACAUAGCCAUAUAGAGCGGUGCAAAACAUGGUAAUGAAUUGGUUUUCUCCCACAGCGAAUGACAGGUACAAAAAGC